UUUGGGUUUAGUUUUACGUUCUUUUCUCUUAUCAUAUUAGUUAAUACUAUAAUACCCUUAAUCAAUAAACUAAAAUGUCUACUACUACACAAACAGUCGGUGCUACCACCAAAUUAAGUCAACAUGAAAUACUUCCUGCUAAGAAUGAUGAAGGUGCUUUAGCUAAUAGAAUCAAUUUAGAAACUAGAAGUCUCCAUGAUAAAAUAGAUAAAAUGAUGAGUUUUAGAUUUGCUUUAGCACUUAGAGAUGCUAAACUUUAUCGUCAAGGUUUACAAAGUUUUUAUCAUGUAUUUGCCGCUAUUGAAACUAGUUUAAGUAAACAAUUUGCUAAAGAUGAUGAAUGGAGUGACAUGUUAAAGAGUGUAUGGAAACCAGAAGUUGCAAGAAGAGAAAAAGCUGAACAAGAUCUUUUAUUUUAUUACGAUGAUAGAAAGGAUAAAUUCAUUACUCCUAUUAUGUCAGAACAAGUCAAAUUUUUCAAUCAUAUUUUAGAAGUUACUGAAGAAAAACCAUAUUUGCUCUUUGCUUAUUUACAUGUGAUGUAUUUAGCUUUAUUUGCUGGUGGUAGAAUAAUGAGAUCAUCAUUUGCCAAAGCUACUGGUUUAUUUCCUCAUAAAAACGGGUUAAGACAUGAAGAUAUUGUUAAGUUAGGAACUAAUUUUUUCACUUUUGAUGUUACCGAUGAAGAUUUAUUAAGAAUAAUAUAUAAAAGAGAUUAUGAAUUAGCUACUAGAAAUGCUUUAACAGAAGAUCAAAAAUUAGAAAUCAUAGAAGAAUCUAAAUAUAUCUUUGAACAAAAUGGGAAAUGUAUAAUGGAAUUAGAACAACAUAAUUUACAAGUUUUGCAUAGCAAAUGGACUUAUAUUGCUGUUACCAAAGGGUAUUAUGUUUUAUUAGUUUUUGCUUCAUUAAUUGCAUUGUUUUUCCUUAGACGAGUAAUUUUACACUUAUUAUAACUCUUCUUCUGGUAGGAAAAGUUUCAGUUUAUAAAAUCUUAAUUUAAUAUACAAAUAAUCUAAUUUUAAACUUUUUAUUUAACGUAUGUAAUGCUUAGUCUUCAUCUUCUUCUUCUACGUCAUCAUCAUCUUCUUCAUCACCUCCAGCUUGUUCUCUUGCAGCUGCAGCUAAUUCCGGAUCUAACUCAUUAGUGAC